CAAAUUGCCGUGAAGUAGCGAGUAAAACGCCGGUGUAGCCGUAAAUUUCUCUCUGCCCACAGUUUAGAGACGUGUACAGAUUAUAGUUCCAAUAGAUGACGCAACUUGUUCUUUUUCUAUUAGCAGAUAAUAUUAGCGUUAUAAUAUUUUAAAUUAUUUUACUUAGUAUAAGUAAAAUCAAGACUAUUUUUAAAGUUUAAUAGUAAACGACUAUAAAUAAAAUUGACAUUUUGAUAAAAAAUUCAAAGCAUUGAGAAUCUUUUACACCGCGAUUAUUUUAAAGAUGCCGACAAUUGCAAUAAAACGUGAUUUGUUGUUCCAAUCAUUGGGCAAGACAUAUUCGGACGAGGAGUUUCAAGACUUGUGUUUCCAGUUUGGUUUAGAAUUAGAUGAAGUGACAACAGAGAAGCAGAUGAUAGCGAAAGAACAAGGUAGUGAGCAAGAUAUAGAUGCAUCAGAAGAAAUUAUUUAUAAAAUUGAUAUACCUGCUAACAGAUAUGAUCUCUUAUGCUUGGAAAGUUUAAGUAUUGGACUACUCGUAUUCUUAAACAAAAUAUCCAUGCCAUAUUAUAAGGCAAUAAAGCCUAAGAAAGGACUGGAAAAGAUCGUGAUGAGUAAAGAAUGCUUAAAAAUAAGAGGUCACAUAGUUGCCGCAGUGUUGCGUGAUAUUACUUUGACGCAAGAUUCUUAUAAUAGCUUCAUUGAUCUUCAAGAUAAACUUCAUCAAAAUAUAGGAAGAAAGCGAACUUUGGUCUCUGUCGGUACUCAUGAUUUAGACACAAUUAAAGGCCCAUUUUUAUAUGAUGCCAGACCACCAUCAGAAAUACGCUUCAAACCACUGAAUCAAGAAAAAGAAUAUACUGGGGAAGAAAUUAUGCAAUUAUAUGCAACACAUAGCCAACUCAAACAAUACUUACCCAUUAUUAAAGACAGUCCCGUUUAUCCAAUGGUAUAUGACAGUAAUGGAGUUGUGUUAUCUCUUCCUCCUAUCAUCAAUGGAGAUCAUUCGAAGAUCACACUCAAUACGAGAAAUAUCUUUAUUGAGUGCACUGCCACUGAUCUCACAAAGGCGAGAAUAGUACUGGACACUAUAGUCUGUGCUUUCAGUCAGUAUUGCAGCACAAGAAAUACCGUUGAAAUUGUCGAAGUAGUGUAUCCCGAUAAGCAAACUUUCUAUUAUCCGGACUUGAAAUAUCGCAUGGAAGAAGUCGAGUGUGAUAAAGCGACCAAUUAUAUUGGUGUUAAACAGACACCAGAACAGGUUGCAGCAUUAUUGUCAAAGAUGUCCCUGAAGUCUGCCAUAAAGGAUAAUGGUAAAUUGAAAGUGGAGAUACCACCCACGAGACACGAUGUAAUACAUCAUUGUGACAUUUACGAAGACAUUGCCAUCGCUUAUGGAUACAACGAGAUCCAGAAAACUAUACCGCACAUGUCGACCAUCGCCGCAGAGUUUCCACUCAACAAACUCACUGACCAAAUACGUCUAGAAUUGGCACAGGCUGGAUUCACAGAAGCAUUAACUUUUUCUUUGUGUUCGCGUGAAGAUUUAGCCGAUAAAUUGGGUCACAAAAUCGAAAAUAUACCGGCAGUACACAUAUCUAAUCCAAAAACGUUGGAGUUCCAGGUUGUGCGUACGUCACUUUUACCGGGAUUGCUUAAAACGAUAUGCUCAAAUAGGAAAAUGCCGCUGCCUCAUAAAAUAUUUGAAGUAUCCGACGUGGUACUGCGGGACGAUACAGCGGAAGUCGGCGCGUACAACAAUCGUCGUUUAUGCGCGGUAUACGCUAACAAGUCAGCCGGUUUUGAGAUAAUUCACGGAUUAGUCGACAGAGUGUUGACAUUACUUCAAGUACCGUGGAGUGCUGAUAAAAAUGAGAGUGGAUAUUAUCUGCGUGCAGCUGACGAUCCGACAUACUUCCCUCAGCGAUGUGCAGAAAUUGUUUGUUACGGCGAAGUGAUAGGAAAACUGGGUGUCCUGCAUCCUGACGUAGUUUCGAAGUUCGAACUAAAUAUUCCGUGUUCCUCAAUGGAAAUGGAUAUCGAACGAUUUUUGUAGUGUUGGAGAUAUUCGUUAAACAACACAUUACGUGUAUUUUUCCCUUCCAUAUUUUUGGAAACAAAAAUUUAAAUUAUUAUACUUCACAAGUUAUAUUUAUUUCGUAUUUCUAAGAAAACCUGCAGCAUGUUAUUUAAAGAAAUAAAUUUUCCUAUUUACACGUA